CAGAGUACAUAUAACACUUUUGCGAAAUCUCUGUCUCGAUGGCUUUGUUUUGGCGUCAAAGCAAAUAAUUAUCCAACAGCUGAUGGGAUAAGCUAUCUUGAGGCCAAACAUUUGUUGCUUCUAAGCUAUUGCCAGUCACUUGUUUAUUAUUUGCUACAGAAGGCAAAAGGUCUUUCCAUUGAGGGACAUCCAGUAGUUAGCAGUCUUGUGGAAAUAAGGUUGUUUCUGGAGAAGAUUCGACCAAUUGACAAGAAACUCCAGUAUCAAAUUCAGAAGCUUACAAGGGUGUCCACUACAGAGAAACCAGGUCUCAGUGAAAAGGAUCCGGAAGUAUCUAAGAAGUCGGAGGAUCUGUUGAAAUAUCGCCCAAAUCCUGACAUGCUUGUUAGCAAAACAGACUCAAUUCCAGAGGAUGGCACAUAUCGACCCCCCAAAUUUGCACCUGUUUUUAUGGAGGAUGAUAAGAUCUCAAAGCAGGAAAGAAAUGCAUUAAGAAGGGAGAAGGAGAUUUUGAAGCAAGCUACACAAAGUAGAUACAUGAAGGAAAUCUUGAAUGAGUAUGAGGGGAGACCUGAGGAGGUUAGGGAUUUUGUUGGAGCUGAGAGUAGGGAACUCGACAAAUUUAGGGCAGAGUGGGAAGAACGUGAACGCCAAGAGGAGGAGCUUUUCACUCGUGUUCCUCGUACGAGAGAAGAGAGGAAGAGGGAAAAGCACUUAAAGAAAUCAAGAAAUGGGUUGGCUGGCCUCACUGAAGAUUUCUCUGAUAUCAAGUUUUUAUCCACGGGGGAUGACGCUGAUGAGCGGACAACAGGCUUCAGAAGCAGUAGAAAUGGGAUAGGGAACCUUAAGAAACGAAAGAGGAAGCAUUGAAAUACCAAAAUCUAAGGUUUACAGAGCAAUGAAGGGAGUUGUAGUCUUUCAGUUCUUUUUCCAGUGCCAAUUCUUAUAUAACACACCAAUGGAUUCAUCGCAGUUACUACUUUGCUUCAUAUGUUUACUUCUGAUUUCUUAACGAAUAUCUGGACUGUGCGUUAGAUAUCUGUAGGGUUUGCCAAAGAUAAUUGCAGAAUAGUCAUUAGUAUUUUAUAAAGUAAACUGGUUGUUCUAUGGACAAAUUUUCAUCCAUAUGUAUAUCAAGGCAGUUUUGAAUUUGUGGAUUCUAGAUAUCUAGAUUGCUUGCGUUCUUUGAAUCGGAACAUCUGGAUGUUGUAGACAGAAGGCAGCCUCUAUGAAAGAACAGAAUUCAGUUGUCUAAAA